UCCCGUGAGCAGGGGCUGUGUGGCUCAGCCUGGAAGAGCUGCGCUGUGCAGCAGCCGGGGUAGCAGCAGAGGGAGCCGAGGCGCUCUGGGCAGAGGAGGCUGGGGGAUCGCAGUGUCUGUGCUGCAUUCCCCAAAGCAGCCGCCGCGGUGGCCCGCGCUGUGUGAAGUUCCCUGCACGCACUCAGCCGCGACGCUCCUCGCCCUCAAUUGAGGAACCUUGGCGCUCGUCAACGCACGGGAGACAACCGAUUUUGCUUUCUUAGACAGGGAUGAGAAAUGAGCUGCCGAAGGAAUUUGGCAAUGAGGAGAGUGAAAGGCAGUCUCACGCCAGCAGCUAAGUUGUAAAAUUGCUUUGGAGGCUGCUGCCUGGGGAGCACGAUAGAAUUGACAAGAACAGACACCGUUGUAGACCAAAGGCAUGCCUGAUUGCACUUGAGUCGGAUCGCUGGGAUGCAGCCUCCUCUCCUGCUAUAACUAUUUGUGGCUGAAUAAAGGAAAGGAGACUGGAAACAGGAUUCCAAGUGGUAUUCCUGAAAGGAAAACACACACAGUCCAAAAGGAGGGGAGAAACAGCCCAGCUGGUGUGUACCUUUUUUUUUUUUUUUUAAAGGCGAAUCCCUCAGACUUUUACAACUUCCCCUUCAGCCUGUCUCUAUUCUCAACAGCCAGUCUCCCUCGGUCCAAGUCUCAUGUUCAAGGCUCCUGAGAAAUUAUCCAAGUGAUAUUCACCAUUGCUCAUGAGUCCACAUAUAUUCUUACCAUUGGCCACUUCUCUUUCCACACAAAGUGGAUGAUCAGGCCCUGACCUUGGAAUAGCCAACCUGCCUAAGUUGACAAUUAAAGCUUCUUUGGAGCUCUGCCACUCUUACGAUUUAUUCCUGGGCCUGGUGCUCAGCUUUUCCUGCAUCUGCUGCAAGAGCAUCUAGACUUGCCAAAGAUCAAGUUACCAACUGCUUUCAUUGUGAUUAUUUAUUCCCAGAUGCUGUUUGAGACACUCUGCGAAGUUAUGUGGAAAUGAGAGAGAUUCAUGAAACCCCUUCGCCAGGAGAGAAUGUCUUCCAUAAUUGGAGCUUUGCUUCUGGUUUUCACAGGACAUUGACACAGCAGUGGAGCCCUGGCUGCCCUGCCUGCUAUUUUCAAUAAUUCACAGAACAUCUGAACAGAGAUGCUUGCCUUGGAUUUACAGAUUUUCAUCCCAAUACCUUGUUUACUUCUCUGGGGCAGAAAAGCUUGCACUAAUUGCUCUCCAUGGUGGCUAAUCUUUUCAAGAGCCUGAUUUUACCUUACAUACAUAAGCUUUGCAAAGGAAUGUUUACAAAGAAAUUGGGAAAUACAACCAAAAAAAAAGAGAGUCAUCAGCAGAAAAAGGAUCAAGACUUUACUACUGCUGGCCAGACCAAAACCCCCAAAUUUUCUAAUACCUUAAAAAGCACUGUAAAGAAGAUUGCAAAGUGUUCAUCUACUCGUAACUUAUCCACUGAAGAAGAAGAGGCUAAUAAAGAGUUUUCCCUCUCACCAACAUUCAGUUACCGAGUAGCUAUUGCCAAUGGCCUACAAAAGAAUAUUAAUGUAACCAACAGUGAUAAUGAGGAUCGGCUUCAAGAGUUAUCUUCAAUUGAGAGUUCCUAUUCAGAAUCACUCAAUGAACUAAGGAGUAGUACAGAAAACCAGGCACAAUCAACACACACAAUGCCAGUUAGACGCAAUAGAAAGAGUUCAAGCAGCCUAGCUCCCUCUGAGGGCAGCUCUGAUGGAGAACGCACUCUACAUAGCUUGAAACUAGGAGCGUUACGCAAACUGAGAAAAUGGAAAAAGAGUCAGGAGUGUGUCUCAUCAGAUUCAGAGUUGAGCACAAUGAAGAAAACCUGGGGAAUAAGAAGUAAAUCUUUGGACAGAACUGCACGAAACCCAAAGACAAAUGCCCUGGAGCCAGGAUUCAGUUCCUCUGGGUGCAUUAGCCAAACACAUGAUGUCAUGGAAAUGAUCUUUAAGGAACUUCAGGGUAUAAGUCAGAUUGAAACAGAACUUUCUGAACUACGAGGGCAUGUCAACGCUCUUAAGCAUUCCAUCGAUGAAAUCUCCAGCAGUGUGGAGGUUGUACAAAGUGAAAUUGAACAGCUUCGUACAGGGUUUGUCCAGUCUCGAAGGGAAACCAGAGACAUCCAUGAUUAUAUUAAACACUUAGGUCAUAUGGGUAGCAAAGCAAGCCUGAGAUUUCUAAAUGUCCCUGAAGAAAGAUUUGAAUAUGUUGAAAGUGUGGUAUACCAAAUUCUAAUCGAUAAAAUGGGUUUCUCAGAUGCACCGAAUGCUAUUAAAAUCGAAUUUGCUCAAAGGAUAGGCCACCAGAGGGACUGCCCAAAUGCAAAGCCUCGACCCAUACUUGUGUACUUUGAAACCCCUCAGCAAAGGGAUUCUGUCUUAAAAAAAUCCUACAAACUCAAAGGAACAGGAAUUGGAAUCUCAACAGAUAUUCUUACUCAUGACGUAAGAGAAAGAAAAGAGAGAGGGAUACCGUCCUCCCAGACAUAUGAGAGCAUGGAUAUAAAGCUGUCUACUCCAGAGCCCAAAAGCAAGAAGAACAAUUGGCAGUCACCUGAUGACAGUGAUGGAGAACUGGAAUCUGACCUCAAUAGAAACAGUUAUGCUGUGCUUUCCAAGUCAGAGUUUCCAACAAAAGGAAGUACUUCCAAGUCAAGUUCAAAAUCACACAAUGCUAGAGCCAAGAAUAAAACUGCUAGUAGCAGCAGAAUAUCAAAUAAAUCUGAUUAUGAUAAAAUUUCCUCACAAUUGCCAGAAUCAGAUAAUUUGGAAAAACAAACUACAACCCAUUAUGCAGAUGCUACACCCCUCUGGCAUUCACAGAGUGAUUUUUUCACUGCUAAACUUAGUCGUUCUGAAUCAGAUUUUUCCAAAUUAUGUCAGUCCUACUCAGAGGAUUUUUCAGAAAAUCAGUUUUUCCCUAGAACUAAUGGAAGCUCCCUCCUGUCAUCUUCAGACCGGGAACUUUGGCAGAGGAAACAGGAGGACACACCCACCUUGUAUGACAGUCUGCAGGAUCAACAUUUGAAUGUGGCCGUUCAGGGUGUCCAAGGGCCGAGUGAAAUUGAGAACACAGAAACUGUGGAUAGUGGAAUGAGUAAUGGCAUGGUGUGUGCAUCUGGAGACCAAAGUCAUUAUAGCGAUUCUCAGCUCUCUUUACACGAGGAUCUUUCUCCAUGGAAGGAAUGGAAUCAGGUAGAGCAAGGAGCUGACUUAGGUUUAGAUUCAUCCACCCAGGAAGCUUUUGACUAUGACACAAACAGUCUAUCUGAUCAGCAACUAGAUGUUUACAAUAAAGACCUAGAAGACUUGGGAAAGUGCCACAGUGACCUUCAAGAUGAUUCUGAGAGCUAUGAUUUCACCCAAGAUGACAACUCAUCUCCAUGCCCUGGGUUGGAUAAUGAACCACAAGGCCAAUGGGUUGGCCGAUAUGAUUCUUAUCAGGAAUCUAAUUCUAAUGAGCUGUACCAAAAUCAAAACCAAUUGCCCAUGAUGUAUCGAAGUCAAAGUGAAUUGCAAAGUGAUGACUCAGAGGAUGCCCCACCCAAAUCUUGGCAUAGUCGAUUAAGUAUUGACCUUUCUGAUAAGGCUUUCAGCUUCCCAAAAUUUGGAUCUACAUUACAGAGGGCUAAAUCAGCCUUGGAAGUGGUAUGGAACAAAAGCACACAGAGUCUCAGUGGGUGUGAAGACAGUGGCUCUUCCUUAAUGGGGAGAUUUCGGACAUUAUCCCAAUCAACUGCAAAUGAAUCAAGUACCACCCUUGACUCUGAUGUCUACACUGAGCCUUUUUACUACAAAGCAGAGGAUGAGGAGGACUAUAGUGAACCAGUGGCUGAUAAUGAAACAGAUUAUGUUGAAGUGAUGGAACAAGUCCUUGCUAAGCUGGAAAACAGGACUAGUAUGACUGAAACAGAUGAACAAAUGCAGGUAUAUGAUCACCCUUCAUAUGAAACACCCUAUGAAACCCCACAAGAUGAGGGUUAUGAUGGGCAGGGAGAUGAUGUGGUUAGUGAAGGGGGAUUGAAACCAUUAAAUGAAACAUCAGCUGAAAUGGAAAUAAAAGAAGAUGAAAACCAAAACAUCUCGGAACAGCCAGUGGAAAUCACAAAGCCAAGGAGAAUCCGUCCCUCUUUCAAAGAAGCAGCUUUAAAAGCCUAUAAGAAGCAAAUGGCAGAAUUGGAAGAGAAGAUCCUGGCUGGAGAUAGCAGUUCUGUGGAUGAAAAGGCUCGAAUAAUAAGUGGCCAUGAUUUGGACGCUUCCAAAUUCUCUGGACUCCAGGCGAUUGGUGGGGCUGGGCGAGGACUUUAUGGCAUUGACAGUAUGCCAGAUCUGCGCAGGAAAAAAACUUUGCCUAUUGUACGAGAUGUGGCUAUGACUCUGGCUGCCCGGAAAUCUGGACUCUCCCUGGCUAUGGUGAUUAGGACAUCACUAAACAAUGAGGAACUGAAAAUACAUGUCUUCAAGAAGACCUUGCAGGCACUGAUCUACCCCAUGUCCUCUACCACCCCCCACAAUUUCGAAGUCUGGACGGCAACAACACCCACCUACUGUUAUGAGUGUGAAGGGCUCCUGUGGGGUAUUGCCCGGCAAGGCAUGAAGUGUUUGGAGUGUGGAGUGAAGUGCCAUGAAAAGUGUCAGGACCUCCUAAAUGCUGACUGUUUGCAGAGAGCAGCAGAAAAGAGUUCUAAGCAUGGUGCCGAAGACAAGACUCAGACCAUUAUUACAGCUAUGAAAGAAAGAAUGAAGAUUAGGGAGAAAAACAGGCCAGAGGUGUUUGAAGUAAUUCAGGAAAUGUUUCAGAUUUCUAAAGAAGAUUUUGUGCAGUACACAAAGGCAGCCAAGCAGAGUGUACUGGAUGGGACAUCUAAGUGGUCAGCAAAAAUAACCAUUACAGUGGUCUCGGCACAAGGCUUACAGGCAAAAGACAAAACAGGGUCGAGUGACCCAUAUGUUACUGUUCAAGUGGGAAAGAACAAAAGAAGAACAAAAACCAUUUUUGGAAACUUGAAUCCGGUAUGGGAUGAGAAGUUUUAUUUUGAAUGCCAUAACUCCACAGAUCGAAUCAAAGUCAGAGUGUGGGAUGAAGAUGAUGACAUUAAAUCCAGAGUCAAGCAACAUUUCAAAAAGGAGUCAGAUGAUUUUUUGGGACAGACAAUUGUAGAAGUGAGGACCCUGAGUGGAGAGAUGGAUGUCUGGUACAACUUAGAGAAACGGACAGAUAAGUCAGCUGUGUCUGGGGCCAUUCGAUUGAAAAUCAAUGUGGAAAUAAAAGGAGAGGAGAAGGUUGCCCCAUACCAUAUACAAUAUACAUGUUUACAUGAGAAUCUCUUCCAUUACUUGACUGAAGUGAAGUCUAAUGGUGGAGUGAAAAUCCCAGAGGUCAAAGGGGAGGAAGCCUGGAAGGUUUUCUUUGAUGAUGCUUCCCAAGAAAUAGUCGAUGAAUUUGCCAUGCGUUAUGGGAUUGAAUCCAUUUAUCAAGCUAUGACGCACUUCUCAUGUUUGUCUUCUAAAUACAUGUGCCCUGGUGUCCCUGCUGUCAUGAGCACCUUGUUGGCGAAUAUAAAUGCUUUCUAUGCUCACACAACAGUUUCAACAAAUGUACAGGUUUCUGCCUCAGAUCGAUUUGCCGCUACCAACUUUGGUAGGGAAAAAUUCAUAAAACUACUGGACCAAUUGCAUAACUCUUUAAGGAUUGACCUGUCAAAGUAUAGGGAAAACUUUCCUGCCAGCAACGCUGAACGGUUGCAAGACCUGAAAUCAACUGUUGACCUGCUAACAAGUAUCACCUUUUUUAGGAUGAAGGUUCUGGAGCUGCAAAGCCCCCCAAAGGCCAGCAUGGUGGUGAAGGACUGUGUUAGAGCCUGCCUGGAUUCUACGUACAAGUAUAUUUUUGACAAUUGCCAUGAACUCUAUUCUCAGCUAAUAGACCUGAGUAAGAAACAGGAUAUUCCUCGGGAAGAUCAGGGACCGACCACCAAGAAUUUGGAUUUUUGGCCCCAACUUAUUACACUGAUGGUCACUAUUAUUGAUGAGGAUAAAACUGCCUAUACACCUGUCCUGAAUCAGUUUCCUCAAGAAAUGAACAUGGGAAAAAUAAGUGCUGAAAUUAUGUGGACCCUUUUUGCUCAAGAUAUGAAAUAUGCACUAGAAGAACAUGAGAAGCAGCGGUUAUGCAAGAGCACCGAUUAUAUGAAUUUGCAUUUCAAAGUGAAAUGGUUUUAUAAUGAAUAUGUGCGAGAACUUCCUGCCUUCAAGGAUGCCGUUCCUGAAUACUCCUUGUGGUUUGAGCCUUUUGUAAUGCAGUGGCUGGAUGAAAAUGAAGAUGUAUCAAUGGAGUUCCUUCAUGGAGCACUAGGAAGAGACAAAAAAGAUGGAUUCCAGCAGACAUCUGAUCAUGCCCUCUUCUCUUGUUCCGUGGUUGAUGUCUUCACUCAGCUUAAUCAGAGCUUUGAGAUUAUUAAGAAACUGGAAUGCCCUAAUCCUGAAGCAUUAUCUCACUUAAUGAGAAGAUUUGCGAAGACUAUCAAUAAAGUACUGCUUCAGUAUGCUGCAAUUGUAUCAAGUGACUUCAGUUCAUAUUGCAAUAAGGAAAAUGUGCCCUGUAUAUUGAUGAACAAUAUUCAGCAACUGCGGGUCCAGCUGGAAAAAAUGUUUGAAUCCAUGGGAGGGAAAGAGAAGAAGGAAGGAGAAAGAUUCUUUUAUGAGCUAGAUCCUGAAGCUAGUACUAUUCUAAAAGAACUUCAAGUUAAACUCAACAGGGUUCUGGAUGAGCUCAGCAUCACUUAUGGUGAAAGCUUCCAGCUUAUCAUUGAAGAAUGUAUAAAACAGAUGAGUUUUGAAUUAAACCAAAUGAGAACAAAUGGAAAUACUGCAUCUAAUAAGAACAGCACAGCAAUGGAUGCAGAGAUUGUAUUAAGACCCCUCAUGGACUUCUUGGACAAAAUAUUAAGUCUCUCAGCAAAAAUCUGUGAGAAAACAGUCCUGAAGCGAGUUUUGAAGGAGUUAUGGAAGCUAGUUCUUAACAAAAUAGAAAAACAAAUUGUUCUCCCUCCUCUGACAGAUCAAACAGGACCUCAGAUGAUUUUCAUCGCAGCUAAAGAUCUUGGACAAUUAUCCAAACUGAAGGAGCACAUGAUUCGGGAGGAUGCCAAGGGUCUGACCCCAAGACAGUGUGCUGUAAUGGAGAUGGUCUUGGCUACCAUCAAGCAAUACUUUCAUGCAGGAGGAAAUGGCCUGAAAAAGAAUUUCUUGGAGAAAAGCCCAGAUCUUCAGUCUCUGAGAUAUGCUCUCAGUCUUUAUACCCAAACUACUGAUGCCUUGAUAAAGAAAUUCAUAGACACUCAGACCUCACAGAGUCGCCCCUCCAAAGAUUCAGUGGGUCAGAUAUCUGUUCAUGUGGACAUCACCGCUACCCCAGGAACUGGAGAGCAUAAAGUCACUGUAAAAGUGAUUGCUAUUAAUGACCUAAACUGGCAGACCACUGCAAUGUUCCGGCCCUUUGUGGAAGUUUGUAUACUGGGACCUAACCUUGGAGACAAGAAGAGAAAACAAGGCACCAAGACAAAAAGCAACACAUGGUCACCAAAGUACAAUGAAACAUUUCAAUUCAUUCUGGGUAAUGAAAACCGGCCCGGGGCCUAUGAACUUCAUCUCUCAGUUAAAGAUUACUGCUUUGCCAGAGAAGAUCGAAUUAUCGGAAUGACGGUAAUUCAGCUACAGAACAUAGCAGAAAAGGGAAGCUAUGGGGCAUGGUAUCCCCUUCUGAAAAAUGUCUCUAUGGAUGAAACUGGUUUGACUAUCCUUAGAAUACUCUCUCAGAGGACCAGUGAUGACGUGGCUAAAGAAUUUGUAAGACUGAAAUCUGAAACGAGAUCUGCUGAAGAGAGUGCUUGAAACAAAUACUGCAAGAUAUCAUCUUUGAGAAUUCAUAAACUCUGACUACUGCAUGCAUGUGCAAAUACAUGGGAAUGUUUAGUUCACUACGUUUCAGUGUUUGCCAGUACUCAAGUACAAUGUCUACAAAGUAUGUGGAAAACCAAUUCUGGUCUUUGGGAAAUAAAUGUUCCAUGAAGUGCCAAAAUUAUGAUGUAAAGUGAAAUAUCCAGAGUAUCUUUUAAAAUGUUUCAUUUCAUUACCAAUUUCUCAUCCUUUAAACAUACUAAAAAAACAAGUCAUUUUUUCAGUUUGUCCAUUGUCUUUGUUCAAUUCACUUGUAUUGCCCAUAGAUCAAAAAGCAUUUGUUACCAAAUUCUGUUUUAUUUAGACUUACCUCAUUGUAGAUGUCAUACAAGUAACUUUUUCUAUCAUAACUAGAAAUAUAGUCACUUCUAGAAAGUGUUUGUAAUUUUAUAGUUGCAGAUCUAUUGUGAUGAUUUUUGCAUACAAAUUAAAAUAGAAAAGGUGGGAAAUAUUUUAUGCCGACCAGUUUCCAACCUUUCUGAAAUAUCACUGUGAAGAAAUGCUAUUAAAGCAAACUUAUACAAAGCAAUGCUAAAUAGAGUUUGUUAACAAUGUUUGAUAUAUUGACAAAACUUUGUUCUUUAAAACUGCCAAGGUCACAUCACAUUUGUAAAAAAAAAAAAAAAGGUAAUACAUUUACCAUCUAGCAUUAUGUCUUGGCUUUACCAAAUGUCAUUCUUUAGAAAGUCAUAGGAUUAAGGGUCUAGAGAUGCAAUGGAGGGUUUGUUUCUUCAAAUUACCUAUAAUAAAUAACUAUACUGUUAGUGUUUCACCUCUGACAGUUAUGACUAUCUCCUUAUUUACUUAGCACUUUACUCAGUUAAAUGCUUUUUUCUUUUAAAAAAAUAUUCGACGAUUUAUACUGAAUGCAGCAUUACUAUAUAUUGCACUGGAGCAAAAAGACACGUCUUCAUUUAUUUAGUGAAAAAUAUAAACUAAGAUCUGAAGAAACUGCUUAUAAUUUUGUAACAUGUUAUUUACAAGCCCAAAAUGCAUCAGAUACAAUAGGAAAACAACUUAAUACAGCUUGGUACAUUAAAAUAGAACUAGAUCGGAUUUUGAAUAUGAAAUAGUUUAUGAAUAUUUGCAUUUUCUGUAUUUUUAUGGUUUGGCUUUUUAGAGUCUGUAUCUAAAUACUUGGCUGUAGAACAGUACCUUGUAAUUGUAACUUCUGGUCAUAACUGUUAGUGGACAACAUACACAUGUAGAAACAAGAACCUGUUACAGUGAUUAUGUUUUGUGAACAAGCUGGUCUGCUAUGUUAAGGACAGAAAUGACUGGUAUCAUGACUCUCAGAACCAUUUUGCUACUGGGUGUGAAAACAGACCAGUGAGAUCCACUAAUUCAUGUUAAAUUGUUAGGCAAUUGCUUUGUUAAUGACUUCUCCAAAUGCAUAGUACAAUGCUAUCCUCCGGCAUAUGCAUUAAUAAAUGGAUGUAUAUUGAACACACA